GCAGGGGAGUUUAUUAUGCAAUAGCAGCCAGCUGUAUAUAAGGACAGACCCCAACUGGAAAGCAGAGGAUCUUUGUGAACUGCCCCCCUCUCUCCACGAGAACCAGAAUGCUGCGGUACGUCGUCGCUCUCUGUCUUCUGGCUGUGUCCUGGGCACAGGACUGCCAGGUAGCCAACAUCCAGGUCAUGCAGAACUUUGACAAAACCAGGUACGCAGGUACGUGGUACGCCGUCGCAAAGAAGGACCCAGAGGGCUUGUUCCUCCUCGACAACAUUGUGGCCCAGCUUCAUGUUGCAGAGGAUGGAACGAUGACUGCCACUGCCAAGGGCAGAGUCAUCAUCCUCAACAACUGGGAAAUGUGCGCCGACAUGUUGGCCACGUUCGAGAACACCGAGGACCCCGCCAAGUUCAGGAUGAAGUACUGGGGAGCCGCAACCUACCUGCAGACAGGAAAUGACCACCACUGGGUCAUCGACACCGACUACGACAACUACGCCGUGCACUACUCCUGCAGAGUCGUGGACGAAGACGGCACCUGCCUGGACGGCUACUCCUUCAUAUUCUCCCGUCAUCCAGGCGGGCUGAGGACAGAGGACCAGCCCAUCGUCACACAGAAGAAGAUAGACAUCUGUCUGUUAGGCAAAUACCGACGGGUUGAUCACACCGGUUUCUGUGAAACCGCGGACACGGCCAAUCCAGAGCCCAGUGUUUAAAACACACACUCUAAAGACUGUGAGCCCCUCUGCUGAUCUCUCACUGAAUCCCAACUCUUCUCGGUCACCUCUGCAGUCUCGGUCUCAACUCACACAGUGAUUCAUCCAUCUCCAGUCAUGAAAAAGAAAAAAAAAAAAAACCCAGGCUCACUGUGAACUGUCACACUGACAUGACUAUACUGUAAAGAGAAAGGAAAACUAUUUUGCGGGUCAACUGUCUCAUCCCCUCAUUUCUCUGUUAUUUUAUGUAUAGAAAACUGCAGAAUUCUGAUAAUCUUAUCAUCUGGAAACAAAACACUGGUUCCGGAGAAAAACAUAUCAGAUCACUGAAAAGUGCCUCUGUUUUAUUGUUUUUUUUUUUUGUACAAUAUAACAACCGUUUGUGAACAUCUCUUUUAAGUGAACGUGAGCUCUGUAACCAGUAUGUUUACUUAAAAGCAGGAAGGUUCACGAGUCCCUGGCUUUGCCUCGACACUGAAGGAUGUAGCACAUAUGUAUUGUUUGGACACGUUAAGCUGUGCGACGAUGAUACGUUCCGCUGUUUGAUUGUAUGUUGUACACUUUUAAAUCCAGUUUUUGAAAUAAAAUAUUCACACAGU